AUGAAGGGUUUCAGUGUUCUACCAACAAUUUUGGUCCUCUCUUUCCCUUCUCCUUCCCCCGCGAAAAAAUCCACCCUUUCUUCGCCGCUCAUCAUCACCCAUGGAUUCUCAGUUCCCCGCCGGCGGGAGCGUCCUUUACAAAUCCAAGGUCCGCGACCAACUCCACUCAAAGUCAACAAAGACUCCCAUAAAAUCAGAAAACCGCCUCACCCACCACCGCACGCCGCAGUUUCCGACCCUCUACUAGCUGCAGCAGCAGCAGCUGAUCAACGCCGUCAGCCUGUCAUCAUCUAUGCCGUCUCACCCAAAGUCAUCCACGCCAAAGAAUCCGAGUUCAUGUCCAUCGUCCAACGCUACACGGGGCUUUCAUUCGGCAACUCUGGAGCCGGCGACUUAUCCCCUGUGGCGAGGUUGGCAGUGACGGAAAAGGCGAGUCCGGGUCCGAGAGAGAAGAUACUGGACUCGGGGAUUAUGGGGGAUGGUAGGAUGGAAGAGGGUCUGAUUCGACCGCCGACGGGGAUACUUUCGCCUGCACCGGAGACGUUGCCGGCGGGGUCGACGGGGACUUUCUUUACACCAGCUUCGGAAGCGAGAAUGAUGUCGCCUUGGCACUAUUGGAGCCCGAUGAUACAUGGAAGUGGGUUCAUGGCUAGCCCUUCAGCAUUGCUCUCGGGGCUUUUAAUUCCUUCUCCAAAUUCCGACAUUUUUGCUCAAAUUUGGAACUUUUAGCUAUUUUUUCAACACCCGAAUCAAGUUUUGGGUUUAAAAAUUUGGGGAUUCUAUUAUUAGAUUAGAUCAGAUUCAGGGGCUUCCUUCAAAAUUGUAAUAAUCUUAGUUAAUAAUGUCUCAAUGUACUAACCUUUUUUCCCACAUAUAGU